UAGUCAUAAGGCUGUACACACGUCUAAAUUCAAGAAACAUUUGUUUUCAAUUUUGAGUUUAGUACAGUGCUAAGAUUUCAGUUUUGUAAAUGAGACAUAUUGAUCUACUCACUAGUACCUGACACUAAGGUCUUUCUAUUCUAGAAGUUCUUAGUUCAUAUCUUUUUCUUUAGGUCCCAUUAAAACCUACUGUACUAAAUGGAAGAAGCAAACCAGUCUGCCAUGUCUGAGUUUAUGUUUCAGGGACUCUGUGAUUCAAGGGAGUUCCAGACACUCCUCUUUCUGCCAUUUUCUGUACUCUACCUGAUGACGGUUGUGGGUAACCUCUUUGUUGUGCUACUCAUCAUCACUGAUCUCCGUCUCCAUUCCCCCAUGUACUUUCUCUUAGCCAACCUUUCAUUUGUUGAUUGUUGCCUUUCCUCAGUAACCACCCCUAAAUUAACCACAGACUUUUUAAAGGAAAAUAAGACAAUUUCCUUUGCAGGCUGCAUGAGUCAGAUCCUCUGCGUGCAUUUCUUUGGAGGGGGUGAGAUGGUGCUUCUCGUGACAAUGGCCUAUGACCGUUAUGUGGCCAUCUGCAAGCCACUCCAUUACUCCAGCAUCAUGGACAGAAAAAAGUGCAUCUGGUUAGUUUUGAUAUCAUGGAUCAUUGGCUUUGUGCAUGCCAUAAGCCAACUGGCAAUGAUUUUGGAUCUUCCCUUCUGUGGACCCAGAGUAGUAGAUAGCUUUUUCUGUGAUAUACCUUUGGUGAUCAAGUUAGCCUGCAUGGAUACUCAUACUUUGGGAACAGUGAUAAAUGCUGACAGUGGGACUUUGGCAACAAGCUGCUUCAUUCUCUUGCUGAUUUCCUACACCUAUAUCUUAUUAAGUCUGCGCCUGCACUCUAAAGAUGGGGCAUCAAAGGCACUCUCUACCUGUACUUCCCACAUCACAGUGGUGGUGCUGUUCUUUGGACCCUGCAUCUUUAUCUACCUGUGGCCACUCAGCAUCACUUGGGUGGACAAGUUUCUUGCAGUGUUUUACACUGUAAUCACACCUCUCCUGAAUCCAGCCAUUUAUACACUGAGAAAUAAAGAGAUUAAGAAUGCCAUAAAGAGACUGUUAAAUCAGCAUGUGCAUUUAAGAGAUAAUUAUUAGAUAUGAAUCAGAAAAUUCACUGUAUGCACUCGUUUGACCACAUUUUAAACUGUAAACUGAAUUAUGCAUAUCUGAAUUGAUUCAUAUCUGUAAGCUAUUAGUCCAGAUGCUUUGUUUUUCCAUCAUGAAAAUAUGUUUAUGAAUCUAACAUUUAGAUUCUUACCAGCUGAACAAAAUAAUUGUACCUAAAUAUUUAUUUGUAUAUGUUCAAAAAUUAUCAGAUGAUAGAAAUAAUUGUAAAAAUAAUUUCCAUAAUUUAUUAAACAGUACCUAUGUUCUCAAUACUGUGCAAGCUUUUUUACCUAGAUUAUGCAUUACUUAUAAAAUCACUUUGAAUUAGUUAUCACUAUUUCUAUUUUUAAAAAUACAUGAUAUAUCUAUUCAAAUUCUAACUUAGCUAGAGAGGGUGCUAAUGAUACUUGAUUGUUCUGCAACUACUUAGAAAACAAAAUGAUAAAUGGAUCAAAUCAUAAUAUUGCCCGAUUCUUUAUGACAUCAUAAAGUUUUCAAGUCCUUUUUAAAGUUCAGGGGUACCUGUGUAGGUUUGUUUCAUAGGUAAACUUGUGUCAUGGGGUUUGUUGUACAGAUUCUAUCAUCACCCGGGUAUUUAACCUAGUAUCCAUUAGUUAUUUUCCUGAUUGGCUCCUCCUUGCCUCCACCCUUCAGUAGGCCCCAGUGACUGCUGUUCUCCUCUAUGUAUCUAUGUGUUCCCAUCAUUUACCUUCCGCUUAUAAGUGAGAACUUGUAGUAUUUGGUUUUCUAUACCUGAGUUAGUUUGCUAAGGAUAAUAACCUCCAGCUAUUUUUAUGAUGGCAAAGGAUUCCAUAGUGUAAAUGUACGACAUUUUUUAAUCCAGUC